AAUGUUAGGAUUGAAGACCAUCCGCAAAGAAUCAAUUUGUAAUGCUGCAAAGAAAAUGUAUAUAACAUUUCACCAUACUUCCUGUAUAAUGUGUAUAAAUUAUUGAUCAUUUUAACUCACCCAAUAUCACUGUGGAGCGCCAUUCCAUCCCAAAGCGUCGCAAUGGAGUGGAAUUGGACCUUUCUUCUCCGGAGUCUCCUCCUGUUGACUCUUUACCAGCUUCCACAAUCAGCGGCGGACGACUGCAUCGACAUGGACCUGCAUUCGAUGGAAGUCAUUCGCUGCUGCCGAUACGAACCCAUCAGCACGGAGGAGGUGGCCGAAAAGUGCUACCAUGAGUUGGCUCCGAACAUCCCUCCCAACUCAUCCGAAUUCCCUGUGUGCUUCAUCGAUUGUUCCUACCGCCAGAUGGGCUACUUAGACGAAGCGAACGAAAUCGAUCAGUCAAAGUAUGGUCAAUUUCUAGCGGGAUUCGAUACCGCUUACAAGAUUGCUGUGGAAAGGGCGGUGGCUGCUUGUGCAACGGUACAGGAGGACAUUCGGCGUGAUGUGGCAAAUGUGCCCUCGAAGUGUAAUGCAUUUGCGUUGCUGUUCCACGUAUGCGUUACGCAGAUAACGCUGAAGCACUGUCCCGACGAUCGGUGGACUGCGAGCGAGAUCUGUGGCAAGUCCACAAAGGUGGCUUCCUGCUGCCAGCUGGAAGCGUUCUUAACUCCACCGACGUACGGCAAUUGUUUGCAAACUAUGGCCGAAAAGUAUCCCGAUGCUGUAUGGCAGGGAACGGUGUGUGCCUUCGAUUGUACGUAUCGGGAGAUGGGUAUACUGACGGGUGUGGAUGACAUUAACGAGGAACAGAUCAGCACUAACCAAGCGGUGUACGAUCAGGCGUACCAGGAGGCGAUUGCCAAAGCGAUCACUGCCUGCAUGGCACAGAAGGAUAAGAUACGCGCGGAGGCUGAUGCGGUUCAGUCGGAGUGUAGUAUGUUUGCGGUCAAGUUUCACGCCUGUGUUUCACUGGAGACGAUGAAAAACUGUCCAGCUGAACGGUGGGACUCGAGUGUGUUGUGCGAAAAGGUGCGUAGUGGGGUGACUGUGUGUCCACUGUGAACAGGCAAGUCUCUAAAGCUUGAUUGACAGUGAAAAGUACAGUGAAAAGAUUUGAGGAGUUCAAUGUAAUAAAGCAGUACAAUAUAAUCUACCCA